AUGGCUAACGCUCCAUCGUCCAACCUGCCUCUGCGCCUCGCCUGGCUGUUUUCGGCGGUUGCUUUCACUCUGGUUCUCUCAGGGACAUCUCUGGCCGUGGCAUCUCAUGACAAGCCUGUGGGGGCAGUUGGGACGACAAGUAACCGCAGAGACCGAACACGCCAUGAGGACCCCGGCGCUCGUUUUCAGGCAUCGCAGCCUGCUCAGCUCCACCUCACCACAGCCCUUGCCUGUUGA